AUGGAGAAGUUUUCUCAGUUUCGGGACCGAGGUUCGGGUAUCGCACCCUUCCUCCCAAUCCCCGCCGAACCGCUCGGCGUACACGCCCCCCUCCGUGUCUUCCUAUUCUGCUUCCGAUUGCCUCUUUUCCUGUUUGUCACAUUGACCUAUUUUCUGAUCCUGCAAUGGCUUCCGAUCGGGUCGUUGGGAAAGAAAGCGGCGCUGUGGUGCAUCUUGGGCGUCCCCAGUAUUUGGUGGAUUGAUUUACAGGUGGAUGGAGUGCGAAAAGGUUCCCUCUCCAAGCAACAGCAGGCCCGCCUGCCACAACCGGGCUCAGUUAUCGCAUCCUCCUUCACAUCCCCAAUCGACGCCGUAUAUCUGGCUGCUAUAUUCGACCCCGUCUUCACAGCCGCCUACCCCGAUACCCGGCAGGUCGAACAUAUCUCCCUGCUUCAAGCUAUACUCCGGGCCUUCGCGCAGCCCUCAAUUCGCCCUGAGCCCGGCACCAAGCUCGUGGAUGUCGCCACGCUGGUAGAGAAAUACCCCAACCGACCGGUUGUCAUUUUCCCCGAGUGCACGACCACCAACAGCCGAGGCAUCCUGCCCCUGAGCCCCGCGCUGCUGGGUAUCCCCUCGAAGACCAAGAUCUUCCCCGUGAGUCUGCGCUACACUCCCGUUGAUGUGGUGACCCCGUUACCGGGCAGUUAUAUCAGCUUCCUCUGGACAUUACUCAGUAAGCCAACUCAUUGCAUCCGCGUCCGUAUCGCGGAGUGCGUGAUGAGUGGGCAAAGUGCGUUUGACGCCCCACCUGCGCGCUCGACCCGCAAAUCAACGUUCAAUACCAACUACCUCGACACUCUGGACCAAGACGUGGUGGACGGGGAGCUGACGUCGGGCGAGAAGGCGAUUCUGGACCAGGUAGGCGAGUCGCUGGCUCGCCUGGGCCGAGUCAAGCGCGUUGGGCUCGGCGUGAAGGAUAAACAGAGUUUUGUGCGGAUGUGGACUAAGACGCGGCGGACUUGGUAA